AUGCUUCAACCAAUUAGUCCACACCACCUGCCUGAAGCCGAACCAGUCGAGGCGCUUUUCCUACCUGCCAACGCGCGACGACGUUGGUACCUCGGCUAUCUACAUCACUGGAAACACUACCAGCGAAACGUAACAGACCAUUGGGAGAGUGAUGGGUGCAAGAGAGUUUUCGAUGAACUCAAAGAGUGCGAAUUGGACGAGUCGCGGUCCGCAGCGACCACCGAGGGCGAGAAUCACACUACCAGCGAAUACAAUACCGCAGGUAAACACAAUACUGCCAGCAAAAAUGAUGCUAGUGGCGAAGAUAACACUGCCGGUGAAGACAACACUGCUGGCGAAGAUAAUACAGGCCCUGCGAAACUGGAAGAAAAGUUUCGGCAUGAGGUAGCGGAUAUUGUGGAGAUUGUCUACAACAAAAUGCUCACUACGUGGACGAUGAAGCAACUGGAUGCGUACAAGCAACCAGAGCGCAUCUUCCUUCGAAAGGCUGGAUCGUACAGCAAAGUCAAACCUAGAUUCUGGUUUCGCGCGAAGCCGUGGGACAAGCCCUAG